AUGCCGCGUGCUGGAUGCGAAAGCAGCAGCGGACUUGCAGAGCGAGCAUGGCCUUCAACAGGAGCCACUAUCUCGCCGUCGCUGGACAAAAUCAGUCAAGGAGCUUGCUGCGGUCUGGUGUUCUGUCAGGUUCUCAGCAAAACCAAGGUAGAAGAGGAAGACACUAUUAGCCUCGGGAGGAAGCGCCUGCCCCACAAGUCCAUUCGCAACUUCAAGUCAGAUGCCUGGUACAACAGUGACGCUAUCAAAUUCGCCAUCGAGGCAGGUGACAGGCUUCCCUUUGUCAGACUUGGCCCCCGUGUGUCCACUCAUACCGAGACCGGGGCACCAAUCGCGAGACCCUUCCGUUGUUGGAAGAAAAAUAUCGACCGAUUACGACAGCAAUCACCGACGCCCUUGGUCCAUCUCUGUGCCCUACACAUCAACACCAACCACUUGAGAUAA